AUACGCUGCCAUAAAACAUUGGGUCGUUCUGUUUAACUCCUCUGGCCAUACUAGUCUGUGUUGUGCAGCGAGCUACUUCUUCAAACAAUCGCUUCUACACAUACAACGUAAAUCACAGACACCAUGCUGAGCUCCAAGUUGACCAAGGAUAUGGGUAGAGUGCGUGCCGACGAGGCCGCACGUCUCAAGAUGCAGGACCAUCUGCGAAGUGCCGCAGACUCCAUGGAGACUCCAAACGACACGAUGCUGCGCCUGUUCAAUGGAGCUCUUGAGGUGCCCAUGAUCAAAGCUGGCUGUGACAUUGGAUUGUUCAAGUUGCUGAGCGGGAGCUCUUCAUCUAUGACGCUGGAUGAGAUUGCCGCCACCACCAAGGCGGAGCCAGCGCUCCUCGGCCGCAUCUUGCGGUUCCUGGCCGCCAACCGCUUCAUUGCGGAGACUGGUCAAGAUCAGUUCGGACCUAACCUCGUCACACGUUCGCUUUCAGACCCUGCCAUUGAGGGCAGCUUGAGAUACAUCUUCACUAUGGCCAUUCCAGCUUACCAAGCCCUCCCUGACUUCCUGAAAGACACAAAGCUCACAACUCCUCCCGGCACAAAGUGCGCCUGGCAGAAGUCGGUCAACACAGAGCUGGACUGGUUCCCAUACUACAAGCAGUACCCCGAGAAGCUCGGCUACUUCCAAAAGCUCAUGAGUGUGCCACGAGAUGGUGACUGGCUCGACGUCGUGCAAUUCGCGGAGGCGGCUUCCGCUGUCACUCAAGACCGUGCAUUGUUCGUUGACAUUGGUGGUAACAUCGGUCACCAGAGCAAGCGGCUACGAUCCCGGUACCCCAACCUUGCCGGCCGUGUCAUCGUCCAGGAUCUGCCGGAGACCAUCAAUGCGCUGCCUCCCUUCUCGGGCAUUGAGUUCAUGUCUUACGACUUCUUCACUCCUCAACCCAUCAAAGGCGCCCGUUUCUACUAUAUGCGUACCGUGCUUCACGACUGGGACGAGGAGAACUCCAUCAAGAUCCUCAAGAACACAGCCGCCGCCAUGGGUGCGGACUCGCAAAUCCUCAUCGACGAGAUGGUGCUGCCGAACAAGGGCGUGCACUGGUGGUCAACCUGCCUGGAUCUACACAUGUACACCAUGCUGAACGCGUUGGAGAGGACUGUUGACCAAUGGCAUGAUUUGCUUGGUAAGGCGGGCCUCAAGCUUGUCGAGGUCAAGACCUAUGCAGAGGUCAUGACCAACUCCAUCAUUGUUGCGGAGCGCUUGUGAUUGGUUAGAAUGGCGUUUCUAGGAUGGUCCAUUGAUAGGUCGGCGCAUGAAUACAUUUCCUAUUUUCCCUGGGUACAUCUUGAUCUCGUGAAACCUGCAGGCUGGUACUGUCGACGGAGAUCAUUUUCCGGAAUGUCUUUCAUAGUUACGGAAUCCUUGCUUGCCGUGUGUACUGCAUUUUCAUGAUGCGCCGCUGAGCGCGGAAUUUUGAGGGUCGCGAAGUCCGCGAUGAUGAAGCAUGUGUUACCAAGCUUUGUCCGGCGCAUACGAUCGCUCGAUUGAGACUUGUGGGGCAUCGCGCGGAUGUUAGUAAAU